AUGGACAAUGUUAUGGCGUGGAAUGAGAGCGGUUGCAAACAUGCUUGUAACGGGGUAAAGUGCGGGAAAGACAUACGUAAAGAAUGCGACAAUAAUAAAGGCAUUUUCACCGACAAAGGCUUUAUCGACCACAAGACCUGCCAUUGCUGCCCAAAGUGCAUUAUAACCGUUCGUAAGGCGGGUGAUGAUUGUUCCGCGGGAUCUGAUAACGUUAAGGGCGGAAUAAUUCGAAAUUGCGCACAAGGAUUAAAAUGUAGAAAGACUGAUAGGUGUCUUUAA